CAGAGCGCAGGCGCACGACCGACGUCGCGUCAGGAACACGCGCACUGCGGAUCUUCCACGCGGAAGCCGCUGGAAAGCAGGGCAAUACAAGCGGAAGAUGUACUGGGAGUCUCAGACCCCACAGAACGCCAUAUCUGAAUAUCAUCGCCUGUUGGAUAUGGAAGAGGCGAUACUUGUUUGUCUUCUUCCUGGAGAGAGAUUACAAAACCUCCUUGUGACAGUGAACGUGACACCUCUGAAUGGGAAUGCUCAGUAGCACCAAGCUUGGAAAUACCUUCAGACAGAGGGGAAGGACACUUCAAUCGACAGCAAGAAGAUGCCAAAUGCAUUUCCGUCGUGCGUGAGGUUACGAUUUUCAGAAAGUCAGAAAGAUUUCACACAAGGAUCGGACAAGUGAUAUCUCGGUGCAGCUGAAGACAGGCCCUUCCACUGCACCCCGAGAGGGAAGGAUUCACUAUGUCAUCUAACUCGAUACCCCAGCGGGUUCACCCCAGGGAUAAGUUGUUCACCUGCUCUGAGUGUGGGAAGGGAUUCAAUUGGCCGUCUGAACUGAUGACCCACCAGCGGGUUCACACCGGGGAGAGGCCGUUCACCUGCUCCGAUUGCGGGAAGGGGUUCACGUGCUCUUCCAACCUGCUUAAGCACCAGCGGGUGCACACUGGGGAGAGGCCGUUCACCUGCUCCCAGUGCGGGAAAGGAUUCAAUCAGUCAACCAACCUGGAGAUACACCAGCGCACUCACACCGGGGUGAGGCCGUUCACCUGCUCCGAGUGUGGGAAGGGCUUCACUCAGUCGUCCCACCUGCAGACGCACCAGCGGAUUCACACCGGGGAGAAGCCGUUCGUCUGCUCCGAGUGUGGGAAGGGAUUCACCGAGUCGUCCAGCCUGACGAGACACCAGCACGUUCACACAGGAGAGAGACCAUUCACCUGCAGCGAGUGUGGGAAGGGCUUCAUGCAGUCGUUCGAACUGAUGACCCACCAGCGAGUCCACACCGGGGAGAAGCCAUUCACCUGCUCUCAGUGCGGGAGGGGAUUCACUCAGUCAUCUGCCCUGAUGAGGCACCAACGAGUUCACACCGGGGAGAGGCUGUUCACCUGCUCUGACUGUGGGAAGGGAUUCAAAUGGCUAACGUGCCUGGUGACCCACCAGCGGAUCCACACCGGGGAGAGGCCGUUCACCUGCUCCGACUGUGGGAUCGGGUUCACCACAGUAUCUAAUCUGCUUCGACAUCAGCGUAUCCACACCGGGGAGAGACCAUUCUCCUGCUCAGAAUGCGGGAAACGCUUCAUGCAUUCAUCAGAACUUGUGACGCACCAGCGAAUCCACACCGGGGAGAGGCCGUUCACCUGCUCCGAGUGUGGGAUCGGGUUCACCACAUCGUCCAACCUGCUGAGACACCAGCGGAUCCACACCGGGGAGAGACCGUUCACCUGCUCCGAGUGUGGGAAGGGCUUCACUCAGUUACCCAAUUUACUGAGACACCAGCGGGUCCACCCUGGGGAGACGCCGUACAUCUGCCCCCAUUGUGGGAAGAAGUUUGCCCGAUUGCUAAAUCUUCAAUCACACCAGUGGGUCCACACCGGGGAGAAGCCAUUCACCUGCUCCGAGUGCGGGAAGGGAUUCACUCAAUCAUCCCAUCUGCAGAGACACCAGCAGAUGCACUCCGGGGAGAAGCCAUUAACCUAUGAGGAAGAACCAAAUCCUGGAGGGACUGGAAGGCGCAGUCUGCCACAUGGACUGCAUGGACCUACCUUUGGAGGCAACGGCAGGGGGCGCCCAUUGCAAUUUGAAGCGGCCGAGAGCGCAGGCGCAGAGACCGACGUCACGUUAGAAACAGGCGCUCUGCGCAUCUUCCAAGUGGAAGCCCCUGAAAAGCAGCACGUUCCUGCUGAAGACGGACUGCACCCUGAGAGGGAAGUGUUCACUAUGUCGUCUGACUUGGGGAGGCAACAGCCAGUUCACACCGGGGAUAAAUCAUUCACCUGCUCUGACUGUGGGAAGGGAUUUAACUGGCCGUCUGACCUGCUGAGACACCAGCGCACUCACACCGGGGAGAGGCCGUUCACCUGCUCCGAUUGCGGGAAAGGAUUUGCGUGCUCCUCCAACCUCCUCAAGCACCAGCGGGUCCACACCGGGGAGAAGCCGUUCGUCUGCUCCGAGUGCGGGAAGGGGUUCAGUCAGUCGUCCAACCUGGAGAUACACCUGCGCACUCACAGCGGCGAGAGACCGUUUACCUGCUCCGAGUGUGGGAAGGGGUUCAUUCUGUCGUCCAAGCUGGUGACUCACCGGCGGAUUCACUUCGGCGAGAGGCCGUUCACCUGCUCCGAGUGCGGGAAAGGAUUCACUGAGUCAUACAACCUGCUGACACAUCAGCAAAUUCACACCGGGGAGAGGCCGUUCGGCUGCUCCCAGUGUGGGAAACGAUUCAAACAUUCAACAGAACUGAUAAUGCACCAGCGAAUUCACACCGGAGAGAGGCCGUACAUCUGCUCUGACUGCGGGAAGGGAUUCAUCCGGAGGGCCAACCUGCUGACCCAUCAGCGGAUUCACACCGGAGAGAGGCCGUUCACCUGCUCCGUGUGCGGGAAGGGCUUCGUUCAGCUAUCCCAAAUGCAGGCACACAAGUACAUUCACACCGGGGAGAGGCCGUUCACCUGCUCUGUGUGUGGGAAGGGAUACGCACGGUCAUUCUGCCUGGCGAGACACCAGCGGGUUCACACCCAGGAGAAAGUGAGGCUGCAGACCAGCUGCACUAUUCACAGCAACGCUCGUCCUGCUGCAGAUGUGCAGCAGAGAGCGUUCGAACGCUGCUUCACUGCACAGGACAGAAACCGCACCAUGGCGGACAGGAAGGGUCCACAGUGGGAAGUCAAAGCAGCCCAGUGCAUCACCGGCACCAGGCUGCCCACACUCAGGACUUACAGGGGGCGCCCGUUGCAAAGCGAAGCGGCCCAGAGCGCAGGCGCACGACCGACGUCGCGUCAGGAACACGCGCACUGCGGAUCUUCCACGCGGAAUCGGCUGGAAAGCAGACAGACCUUUCUACUUCAUGCUGAGAGGGAAGCGUCCACUAUGUCAUCUGAUUCGAGGAGACAACAGCAGGCUCGCACCGGGGAUAAAUCGUUCUCGUGCUCUGAGUGUGGGAAGGGAUUCAAAUGGCCGUCUCACCUGCAGGUACACCAGCGGGUCCACACCGGGGAGAGGCCGUUCACCUGCUACGAGUGCGGAAAGGGGUUCAUGUGCACGUCCAGCCUGCUUAAGCACAGGCGGGCCCACACCGGGGAGAGGCCUCUGGCCUGCUCCCAGUGCGGGAAACGAUUCAGUCACUUGUCCAACCUGGAGAUCCACCGGCGCACUCACACCGGCGAGAGGCCGUUCACCUGCUCCGAGUGUGGGAAGAGCUUCGCCCAGUCGUCCCACCUGCAGAGACACCAGCAGAUUCACACCGGGGAGAAGCCAUUCAUCUGCUCCGAGUGUGGGAAGGGAUUUAGUUGGCCACAUGAUCUGCUGAGACACCAGCAGGUUCACACUGGGGAGAGGCUGUUCACCUGCUUCGAUUGUGGUAAGGGAUUCACGUGUACGUCCAGCCUACUUAAGCACCAGCGGGUGCACACUGGGGAGAGGCCGUUCACCUGCUCUGAGUGUGGACAAGCAUUUAGUCAGUUAUCCCACCUGGAGAUACACCAGCGCACUCACACCGGGGAGAAGCCAUUCAUCUGCUCCGAGUGCGGGAAGACUUUCGCAAGGGCGUCAAGCCUGCUGACCCACCAGCGACUUCACACUGGGGAGAAGCCGUUCACCUGCUCUGAGUGCGGGAAGGGCUUCACCCAGUCGUCCCACCUGCUGAUACACCAGCGGACUCACACUGGAGAGAGGCCGUACACCUGCUCCCAGUGUGGGAAGGGGUUCACAGACUCGUCCAGACUAAAGAGGCACCAACACAUUCACACUGGAGAGAGACCGUUCACCUGCUCCGAGUGCGGGAAGGGAUUCACUCAGUCCUCCCACCUGCAGACGCACAAACGAAUUCACACUGGGGAGAAGCCGUUCGUCUGCUCUGAGUGUGGGAAGGGAUUCACCGACUCGUCCAGCCUGACGAGCCACCAGCACGUUCACACCGGAGAGAAACCGUUCACCUGUUCCGUCUGCGGGAAGGGCUUCGCUGAGGCUUCCAAACUGACGAGCCACCAGCACGUUCACACUGUACAGAGACCGUUCACUUGUACUGAGUGCGGGAAGGGAUUCACUCACUCAUCCCACCUGCAGACACACCAACGCAUCCACACCGGGGAGAGGCCGUUCACCUGCUCCGAGUGCGGGAAGGGAUUCACCCGGUCUUCUCAUCUGCGGACCCACCAGCAGGUCCACACCGGGGAGAGGCCGUUCACCUGCUCCGAGUGCGGGAAGGGAUUCACCCGGUCUUCUCAUCUGCGGACCCACCAGCGGAUUCACACCAGAAGAAACUGUUCACCUUCAGUGAAUCAUCCAGCCUGAUGAGGCCCCGACACACUCACACCGGGGAGAGGCCACUCACUCGCUCCGAGAGUGAGAAGGGAUUUGCACAGUCAUCCCACCUGCAGAGACACCAGCAGAUUCACACCGGGGAGAGGCCGCUCACUCGCUCCGAGAGCGGGAAGGGAUUCGUGCAGUCGUUAAAUCUGCUCCAGCACCAGCGAGUCAGAGAAAAUCACCCAGAAGAGACUUGGAAUGGCAUUUAGCACACAAACACUUAAAUUGUUUAGUUGCCAUUGCAAAACACAUUGGGUGAUUAUUAAAACAAAGAGCAGAACAAGAUGUGAAAUAACACAAAUCCAUUAACGUCAGUCCCCUGGUCCAAACUUUACUCCAAAAGGGUGAAUUCUGCAAAACAUAAUUUGCUAAAUCUGCACUAUCUUGGAUAGUUCAUCCCAUUGUCUAAUAAUAGCUUCAUUCUGGUUAAUAACUCUAUCCCACUCUGCAGUAAAAUGAUGGACAGGUGGAAGGGUGGGAUGAAGCCCUCAGCAGAAUCAUUGAUGUAUACUUUGAGUUCAACAGGUGGUUUCACAAUUGGUUUGGGUAAUACUUGCACAAAACAUUAAUCAAACUGCAAAUUAAAGAUUCUUUCUUACAAUUUGUGCUUGAAUUAGCAAUGGAAUAAGUAUCAUUCACCAGAGCAAAUUUCAGGAAUGUCCUGUUAACGACAGGCAAAAUAAUUAGAGAACAAUCAUCAUAAGAAAUAAACCCACAAUCUGUCAACCCUUUGUUAACUAAAUCCUCUGGACAAACCCAAAAUUCACCUUUUUGAUGACAGGAAGUCAAAUUUACUCCCUAUGGGUUACUAACUAAGUGGAUUAGUAGGAGAACAUCUAAACUCCUCCUUGAUAUUUCCUGAUGUAAUGAACCUUGUGCAGCGGGAAUGUUUCUAAAUUUUUCAUCCACACGGUCCACUAUUACCAUGGACUCUGGAUAGAUCGUGCCCAUCAGGCAUCAGCUGAAUGUUCGGGGGGGGUCAGAAUCCACAGGUUGGGGUCAAGGAUCACCUAUUUGCCUUGUACAUUUACCUCAAUGGCCACUGACUGUAUGUUUGUGGUCUUCUGCUGCUAUGGUCUAUCUGCUUCAUGGUUCGAUGUGUUAUACAUUCGGAGAUGCUCUUCUGCGCUCCACUGUUGUGUGGUCACCUUCCUGUCAGCUUGAACCAGUCUGGCCAUUCUCCUCUGACCUCUCUCGGUAACAACGGAACUGUCGCUGACUGGAAUUUUUCCUUGCUUCUCACUCCAUUCUCUGUAAUCUCUGGAGACUGUUAUGCAUGAAAGUCCCGGGAGAUUUUGCAGUUUCUGAAAUGAAACUCAAGCCAACAAAUCUUCCACGGUCAAAGUCCCUUAGGUCACAGUUUUUCCCCAUUCUGAUGUUCAGUUUGAACAACUGAACGUCUUGACAGUGUCUGCAUACAUAGUGUUGCUGCCAUGUGAUUGGCUAUUGGGUGCACGUCUAUUAGCAUUUUCCUGUGGCGUUAGUCAGGGAUCAGUGUGCAACAAAAAACAACAUGGAAACACAGAAAACCUACAGCACAGUACAGGCCCUUUGGCCCACAAAGUUGUGCUGAACAUGUCCCUACCUUAAAAAUUAUUAGGGUUACCCAUAGCCCUCUAUUUUUCUAAUCUCCAUGUACCUAUCUAAAAGUCUCUUAAAAGACCCUAUCGUAUCCACCUCCACCACCGUUGCCGGCAGCUCAUUCCACACACUCACCACUCUCUGUGUAAAAAACUUACCCCUGACAUCUCCUCUGUACCUACUCCCCAGCUCCUUAAACCUGUGUCCUCUUGUGGCAACCAUUUCAGCCCUGGGGAAAAGCCUCUGACUAUCCACACGAUCAAUGCCCCUCAUCAUCUUGUACACCUCUAUCAGGUCACCUCUCAUCAAGUCAACACUUCAGUAAUUAUAAAGAAUUGUAUAAAAAUAAAAUUGAAGGUUAAAGGAUGAAUUAUGUAUUGAAAUAUGCAAAAAUACUUAAAUGCCAGCAUAAAUUUACUGUUUAAGUGUUACUAUAAAAUGCACUUUAAAGUGCAGUGGUAAAUAGAGUGGUACGUAAGAGAUUUUGGAGAUUUCAUGGUUUUGUUUUAAUAGCAUUAUAGCACUUUGCAGAAGGGAGCUUUUCAAAAAAGUAAUCUGCAUGCUGGGUCGUGUCAGCAGUGAAUUUACCAACCUGCUUCUUUAUGCUGGACACAUACGAGGCCUGCGAUGAUGGUAGGCCUUUUCUGGUGACCUGACUGUUUGCUGUAGUUUCCUAUUUUGUGAGAGGUUUCUGCUCCAAGCCAGGCAGUAAUGGCUGAUGCGAGGAUGCUCUCUGUGAUGUCAGAGUAGAAUUGCACCUGUACGUCUGGGGAAGAUGGAAUUUUACCAACUGCCUCCAGUGGCAGAGGGGCUUCUGGCACCGGUGAGGGGAGGGGCCUGUGCUGCUCCUGGACAAGGGUGGGACAGUGAGUCAACUACACCUUCCACCUCUGAUCAACGAGUCUCUUUUGCAGAACUUGCUCCCUGUGACCAACUCAGCAGAACAAAGUUCAGGUUUCCCAGAAAGCUUGCGAUUUGAAAAAGAAUCUGUAAAGAUUUUUGAUGGCAUUCCUAGCUGUGUCAUGAUUGUGGGUAUACUCAAAGUUCAAAAUAAAAUUUAUCGUCUGAGUACAUACACGUCACCACAUACAGCCCUGAGAUCCUUUUUCUGCGGGAACACUUAGCAAAUCUACAGAACAGUAACUGUGAACGGGGUUAAAUAUCAGGAGGACUUCGCUGGACCAUUUGUGGGCUCACAUUUCUUGGUAGUAAUCAGUGAAGCUACAGAGUGGCCAGGAAUGUUCCCAAUCCUCUCCUCUACAGCCCCACACACUGUUGAUGUAUUGAGAAGCACAGUCGCAAGGCUGGUACUCCAGGGCACUUAGUGAUCAUGGACCACACUUUGUGGCGGAAGAGUGUCAGCCUUUCCUAAUGGAUGGAAUAAGACAUAUUACAUCUGCACCGUAGCAACCAGCUACACGUGCUCAUUGGUGGACAGGAGCUGAAAGAACAUACUGCCAGCAGAGCACUAAUAGAGAAUCAGAACAGAAACAGCUGAUUCCAUUUUAAUUAGUUUGUUGUUCACUUCAAAAUGCACCACAAGUUUGAGAGGAGAUUCUGCAGAUCCCUAAAUCUUGAGCAAUACACAAUCAGGAACCACAAAAGUACACUGCAGAUGCUGUGGUCAAAUCUAGGAGACAGAGUGAAGCUGGGAUGGGGGAAGGGAGAGGGAGGGAAUUACCGGAGGUUGGAGAAUACGAUAUUCAUACCAAGGGGCUGGACACUACACAAUCAGGAACGCUAUCCAAUGCCUCUACUGAUGCAUCUAUAAAUAUGUCCUUCUAUAGAUAUGUAGUAGGGAGCAUCCUGACAUGUGCAUGGUACAGAAACUGGGUUGUGGUGGAGAAGAAAUCUACAGAACUGGGAUUCAAAACUCAGUCCCUUUGGGGAAUGAAAGGGUCUCCAGUUUCAUUUCCAACCUCCGCCAGCAGGGGGCACCCGGUGUAAUUUGAAGCGGCCCAGAGCGCAGGCGCACGACCGACGUCGCGUCCGAAACACGGGCACUGCGGAUCUUCCAGGUGAAGCCCCUGGAAAACAGGUAGGGGCAAAGCGUCGGGCCGUGGGAUGUUUCAGCGCUGAGGCUGAAUCCGGGGGACACUCGGUCCAAUUCCAGUAAAACCCGCGGGUCGCCGCACCGGGACGGCGCCAUCUUACCGCGGCCCGCGCCGCUGUGGCGGUUUUGUCCUGCCAACAUGGUCCAGGAUGCAUUGCGGUGAAUGUCGCGCAUGCGCGUUUUGCAGCGACGCCAUGUUUGUAGUUUCUGAGCAUCACAAUGCUGGAGGAGCUCGGCAGGUCAGGCAGCGUCUCGACGUUUCGGGCUGAGACCCCUCUUCAGGCCUGGAAAGCAAGGGGGAAGACUCCAGAAUAAAAAGGUGGGGGGCAGAGGGGAGAGGAAGGUGCACAAACUCGAAGGAUUUUAAAAAAUAUUUCUUAUUGACCAGAAACAAAAACACUAAACAUAUGCUAACAAACUCAGGGAAUCGCACACAAGCAACAACAAAUAUAUAACUAUUAACUUCAAAUACACAAAUAAAAGAGAAAAUCCACUCUAAAUACUGUUGGACAGAAGGGGCCAUGUGUAAAAGGAGUCACAAAACAAAAACAUUUGGAGAAAUAACCCGAACUGUUGACAGAUUUGUACAGCUUUCUGCUUAUGGGAAGUUUUCAGAGUAUUAAUAUACAGUUUGAAGUCUGACAUAAAAAAUAUAAAUGCAGGUUUCUUAUUACUGGAUUUGCAUUCAUGGAUAUAAAAUUUGCUGUAAAUUAACAAAAGAUUUAUGAUAAAACAAUGAUCCCUAUGGGAUUUGGUAUUAUCAGUAAACCCAAUUAAAACAUUUUCAAAACAAAAAGUAAAAUC